GAGUCUGUUUGAGGAAGUGUACGACCCGUAGCGGUCAGCGGCAAUUUGUGAGAUAAACAACUUACCAGUUACAGGUUUGCACCGUCCGUUUCCGCAGCAUUCUUAAAAGAUAAUUCAAGAAUCAGCGGGAAGUUGCGUUGUCCGUUUCCGCAGUAAGAGUAAGAAGUGAAGUCCCUUAAUUUCGUGCAGUAGGGUUGAAGUGCUCUAUCGUGUCUUCUGGUUGUGGUUCAGUGCGCUUGAGAGUGAGGUGGUAGGAAUCUAGUGCUAUCAGUCGGCUCUGUAGCAGGGGUGGUCGGAAGCCUCUGUACCGCUUUGCGAUCAGGUGGGGGAGGAGUGUUUUUCUUGGACCCGUGUAUCAGAACAGCCGUCGUCACGUUCGUGAAGGAGGUAGGACGCAGGAUGGGCUGCGGGCACUCCGCAGAGGAGAGGGCAGCCCUACUACGGAGCAAGCAAAUCGAGAGGAACCUCAAGGAGGAUGGGCUGCAGGCAGCCAAAGACAUAAAACUGCUCCUGUUGGGUGCUGGUGAAUCCGGGAAAAGUACGAUAGUCAAACAAAUGAAAAUUAUUCACGAGAGCGGAUUCACGCCGGAGGACUUCAAGCAAUAUAGGCCUGUGGUGUACAGUAACACGAUCCAGUCCUUGGUGGCCAUCUUGAGGGCAAUGCCUAAUCUCGGCAUCAACUUCGGCAACAAUGAGAGAGAGACGGACGCGAAAAUGGUGUUCGAUGUCAUCCAGCGAAUGGAAGACACGGAACCGUUUUCUGAGGAGCUUCUUGCCGCCAUGAAGCGGUUGUGGGCCGAUAUCGGCGUCCAGGAAUGUUUCGGUCGCUCCAACGAAUACCAGCUCAACGACUCAGCCAAGUAUUUCUUGGAUGAUCUGGACCGUCUAGGAGCCAAGGACUACCAGCCAACAGAGCAAGACAUCUUGCGGACAAGAGUCAAGACAACAGGAAUUGUCGAAGUUCAUUUUUCAUUCAAAAACCUAAAUUUCAAAUUGUUUGAUGUGGGCGGUCAGAGAUCGGAACGAAAGAAAUGGAUCCACUGCUUCGAAGAUGUAACGGCGAUUAUUUUCUGUGUCGCCAUGUCCGAAUAUGACCAGGUCUUGCACGAAGACGAAACCACGAAUCGAAUGCAGGAGAGUUUGAAGCUCUUUGACUCUAUCUGCAAUAACAAAUGGUUCACUGACACCUCCAUUAUUUUGUUCCUCAACAAGAAAGACUUAUUUGAGGAGAAGAUUAAGAAAUCGCCACUCACGAUAUGUUUCCCUGAGUAUGGUGGUGCGCAGGAAUAUGGAGAGGCAGCAGCAUAUAUCCAGGCCCAGUUUGAAGCCAAGAACAAAUCCACAACAAAAGAGAUCUACUGUCAUAUGACAUGUGCCACUGACACCAACAACAUCCAGUUUGUGUUUGAUGCUGUCACUGAUGUUAUCAUUGCCAACAAUCUGCGAGGCUGUGGAUUGUACUAACACCCGAAAUGGACCAUCUGGUUCAUCAGCUGGUCAACUGGCAGGUGAUGGAACCCAAUGCCAGACAAGCAAGGGUGCAGCAGGGGGUUCUAAGGGAGGACACUUACCAUGUGGUUUCAUCCCACUUGUAUCAAGAAGAGAAAUUAGUUUGGGAUGCAAGCACAAAGAAAACAUUACCCUAUUAUCUGGGCACUCUGCUUGAACAGAUUUUGGCUUUAUAACCAAUCAUGAUCAUUUAUAUCUUGCCACAAAAUCUUCUUUCUCUCUUUUGCACGUACAUAAGUCACUUACAUAUAUAGUUCUGUGCAUUUGGGAUAUGUAUAGUGUUUAUCAUAUACCAUGAACAGUCAUUCACAUGAUUUCAUCUCAUUCAUGAAGUAUUUGAAUAACCUAUCCUUAACUGAUAUUUCAGGUUUUCAUGCAGUGAAGAUGUUGAUUGUGGUCUUUGGAGUUCUGAUACCAUGUAGUAUUGUAGGUGGUUACCACUGUUUCAGAGGAUUGUAUCACCUCAGUCUGUAACCCUAAAUAUGGAGGUAUUAUAUUCCUCUACAGCAUUACUACCACUUACAAGACUACCCGGCGUCAUGACGUAGAUCACUAUCAAAUUACAUUCUUAUGUAUGUAAUAUCUUCUCCAAGUGAAGUGUGCAUAUUUGUAGCACAAAGUGAGAAGUUGUAUUUAAGUGCUCAAAAUGAGAAAUCAAUAUAAUCCUACUUUCAGCAAAAUUAUACAAAACAGUGGGUCAUUUUGUCUUGGGAGUUUUGUAGAUGAGGGAGUGCAUUUGUGAAAAUGUCAUGUCCCUUGAGGAUGAGCCAUUUUAUCAAAAUUAUACACAAUGCACAUUGUGUAUACCUUCUUUUGUAUCUGUCCAUGCCCAUGUUUGGGAGAUGACAGUGCAUUUAAUUUGAUAUUCAUGUAUAGUAACAGUUCACACUUCACAUAUCACAUAUUUAUGCGUUUGGGAUUUACACAAAUUACAGUUCACCGCAUCGUCAUCAGUCAUCACGUGUCCCCUCCCCCUGCCACACCCUGUCCCUCUCCACAAUUGUGAGGUUAUGUUUGACCUACCCAUUGUUGUGUGUGGUGUUCAGACUCUUCCCACCAUGCCAUGAGCGAAAAUAGGAGAGGUGGCAAAUCAUUCUUCAAACAUGAUUGCACUAUUUGAUGUUCUGACAAAAUUAAUCCCUUUGGAACUCAUCAUCCUCUCCAAAAAAAUAAAAAAUAAAAAGACCAGUUCGACAAAAAUAUUUGUAUAGUCAGUGUUUUAGUGUACAUAUACCUACACAAAUGUAUUUUUAACUACUGCGUUUUCCAUGUGGCCUCUUCCAGUAACUGCCAGUUCUUUCUUCCUUUUUCACAACAUACAAAUGGUUUUAGAUUUUUUGUCACACAAAUAGAAAUUAAAAAUCAGGUUCAUUUAAACUUUGGUUUCAUAUUUAAUGCUGCAGUAUUAAACCUGGCAUUGUGGAGGCUUCAAACAUAUAAAAUACUUCAGUUUCCACAAAAGAAGAUAGUUAUAAUUCUAAAUUUUCAGGGACAAAUUAUGAGUAACAGUAUUUUGCAAAAUUUUCUUCUUGAUGGCUUGUGAAAGUGGAUAUGUUCCAAACCACAUGCUCUUAUGUACAUGACAUUCCUUUGAUUUAAUAUGCUAUAAAAUAUCAUUGAUAGAUCCCAAAGCACUUGUUGAUGCUGACAAACAUAGAGUGAGGAACAGGAACUCACAUAAUCAUCUUCUGACAUUGACUACUUAUGAAAAAAACCAUGUGCUGUUAUGGUGGUUUACAUAAGUGUAUAUUCUGUUGCAGUUUUUGCAUAAAAGGAGAAAAUAUUGAUAAAUAUUACAUAUUAUUUAAAGUUGUAUCAUUACCUAAGUCAUUUAUAUCAUGAAUCUAGUCAAUAGUGUUGAUUCUGUUUCCCCUCUUGAUCAGUAUCACAGAGAUAGCAUUUUUAAUUUAUUUGUUGCCUGUAUAAUUUAUACUUGGAUUUCCUCUUUCUUCUCCAAUGAGAAUGUCUUUUACUUGUGCACAAAAGAGGGGGGAGGAUCAACUGGGUGAAUUAUGUAGUCCAAAGUGGACAAACCUAGUUGGAGUCAAUGUGCGAAGAGAAUGCUUGUAUGUAAGUACCUACCCUUAACAUGAAUAAGGUACUGUACCACUUUUGUCAUUACCUCAACUUCUUGAAAUCGAACCAGUGUGUUAGCUGUCAGAUGGGUGAUAAAGCCUAUACUUCUGCUUCAUUGCAUUAUCCAGACAACAUACAGUAGCAGUUUCUUAUUUGCUAUUCCUCCCAUCAUCACUUUCCACAGAAUUCAUUUUCUAAAACAAAUAUUAAGUAAUAGUGUUCCAUGUUUCUGAAGUGAUGGAAAGUAGCUGAACUGUAAGAUCUGCAUCACUAACAGUAAUGUCAACAACAUUGUCAAUGCCAACAGAUGGUACCCCACAAAACCGGUGCUUUGAAAUGAGACUUUUCCACAUUGGUGUAGUACUGAAUAAAAGGUGCCAAAGAUACAUAUAAGAACCAGAAGAUUUUUUUUUUUUAGUUUCAGCAGAUGUCAGUAUUCCAGAGACUUCUAUUUAUUUAUUUCUGAAAUUAAGAACAGGAACUCAUACAAACAUAACUUCAAAUCAAAUGUAUCACCUGGAUGCUUCUUCAAUUUGAUUAUAUUACUGCAAAAACGAAUGGCAUGUGAUUCCAGUAUCAUUCUUAGACAGAGAAAUCUAAUUUUAAUUUUAACAAAUGCAAGCAUAUUCCAUUGAAUGUAAUAGUAUUGCCUAAAUGUGUAAUGUAAAGAUAACUGAUUGUAUGUAUAUUGUAUUGUAAACCUGAUCUUUGCCUUCUGUUUGAGAGCAUCGAUGUUGCCUUACUCAUUAUUCUUGCAUUUAAUUACAGUAGAUUAAUAUAAUGAGGAAGUCAAAUUGUAAAACCACAACAGAUGGCCUGAAAGACUCCUUCUGCCACCUACUGAUGAAACAGGAACUGAAAGAUGUUAAAUUAUCUGUAUCAUUGGACACAAAUUUAAUUAAAUAUAAAUGAUAACACUUUAAAUCAAAAAGAAUUUGUACUGAAUAUUGGAAAUUAAAGAAUAGAUUUUCUCUGUGGUUGGGGUAUAUUAUCUUACGUGUAUGUAAUUAUAUAUCCUGGCAUAUGAUGUACAAAACUAUUAUAUGUUUUCUCAUUCUUUCAGGUGAGCAUAAUAAAGUUCUUCACCUUUCUAAGGAACUAAUGCUUGAAAGAACAAGAAAGGUUUAAGUUAUUAUGUCUAAAGUAAAAGUGGGUAACAGAAAAUCUCUGAAGCAGUUUUUCCAGUGAUACAAAUCAUAUUAUUUAGUAUACAAAUUUCAUGCAAAUUAUUCUUUAGAAUACUAUUGCAAUCAUUUGCAGGUCAUGGUGGUAAUGUUAAGAAAACUUCUCCGUAAAGUUUAUUUGUGACAGGAAAUUAGCAGUAAAAAGUGUUCAUAAUGAUUUUCAUUGACAUGGAUAUGGCCAUUUUAUCUAUUCUCACUUUUUAGCCCCUCCAUUACAAAUCAUUGUCAUCUGGUGGGAACACAGAAGGCCCUGAUGACAUCUGUUAAGUUUCAAUAAACUAUUUUAAUUACAGUUAACUAGCAGUUAACAAUAAGGCUGAAAUUCUUUCAGACAGUUUAGCUGAAGAAACUGAAAAUAUUUUUCCCUACCUGCUCCCCCAUUCCAGUUACAUAAAAAUCAUGAACUGGAAACUGACAGAACAAUAAAUAUAAUAAUGUGCACCAUUGAACUGCCCUGAGACUUAAUGAUUAAUUUAUAGGUAACAAAGAAGGUCUCAUUCUGCCACUUUUAUAUGCAUGGUCUGGCUGCCAGCCUUACAAAUACAAUUUUGUAUAUUACUGCCUAGUAGUUAUUUCACAUAAUUAGUUAUAAAAUUCAUUAUGCUUAAAAUAUGUUUUGUAAAUAUUAUUUCCUUAUAACAGACAUGCAUUUCAUCCAUGUGAUGGGCAAGGUUAGAAAUCUUUCCUACUCAACCCUCUUUCAUUGUAUUUGUAUGAGGUCAUGAGAUGAUAUGAGUUCAGCUUGGGUUGCUUUGCAUCCUAAGCAAACUAAACAGAUAAUUCUUAAACUGGUAGGUAGCCUUCUGCCCAACUGCAAAAUCUCUGUUUUAUAUUGUUGAACAGUUUGAAUUAGUAAAUACGUCAGACUUGGUUAACUAUAUUCUUUUUCUUGCAGUGAUGCUAGUAGUCUACAAUAGGUCCUCAAGCCUCUUCUAUAUUUAAAUUCAUAGUUUGUACUAAAUCUUAUGCUGGCAGUAUAUCUGUAUAUUUAGAAAUGUGUAAAUUAAUUGCAGGUUGCCAGAAGGGAUGAAACAAUUUCAACCAUGUUAACUUUACAAACAUGUUGUGUUACAUAUGCUGAGUGAUUUUGAUAACUACUAUUAAAAAAUGCACUAUUUAUUGUUAAUGUAGGGUUAUUAUAUGAGCUACCUUUAGUCUAUUAGCAGUGGAUGAAGGAAACAGGUCGUGUUGCCACCUUGUUUUACAAACCACGUCCCUUUUUACAGGAAAAGUACAUACCAUACUUCAUGUACAUUACCUGGCAUUUGUAUACCUUAACAGACAAGAGGUGAUGUAGCAGGGGUAUCAGAAUAGUGGACAAUGAACGUAUUGGUAAUUUUGUGACAAACUCAGUCUCUGAACAUACAGGGAAAUUAAAAAUAGAUUCAUCUAGUGAUAUUUAGGAAGGUAAUAUACAGUAUCCACUUGUGCCAUUCAACAUAUUUGUAAGUGGAGCAAAAUUUCUCAUUGUGCAUUUAAAUAUGAAAUAAAUGUAAAUUUCUGUUUUACAGUAAUUUCAUUUACUUGUAGUAUUGUAAUGCCUUGCAGUUAAUAUCCAUCAUAAAAGAUAGUGAUAAUAUAAGAAACACUAUUGAUUUUCUUUACUGUAAGUAUUCAAUUUGUAAUUCUGUAAUUAAUCUUUCCAGUCUUAAGCUUUUACCAGAAUGUAUUUUACCUGUCUGCUCCUAGCAUAAUAUAACACAGAAAAUUAAAUGCCCAUAGCCAUUCUAUUGCAGUAAAACAAUAUCUUAAUUACAUUUUAAAUAACCACAAACAGUUGGGAUGAGGGUGCCAUGCCUUAACUUUCAGAUUGAAUGGGCAAAGGAAAUAAUCUCAUGCAUAAACAGAAGAGGUUUCAGUUACUACUGUCAGCAAUAUAACACAUUUAACUGCACAGAAAUGAUUAGACUUGUAUUAAAAUAACUAGUUUGCAGAAAUGACCAUACACUGCUUCCAGAAAUGGAUAUUCUCCUAUUCAGAACUGCAUAAAGAUACUGUUCUCAGCUAGGUUAUUUAUAUUUAAAAUGCUCUUAAUACUGAAGUAAAAAUUAUUAACAUGUUUGCAGAAAUUCAUAAAUUCACUGUUCUAAUUUCUGUGGACAAAGUUUUGCUCAGUGAAGAAAAAAUCUGCAGAACAAAAGCCUGAGAAUGAACAGUGCAUAACAAUUUCUAAAGUGAAAUGCUAGAACAGACACUGAAAGUUUCUCAGCUACAAACUCCUUGAAUAACUUGAAGUGACACAGUUUCAGAACACCCUCUGUGAAUAUUGUGUCUGUCUGGGAACGCUAGUCCUGUACACUUCUGUUCACAAAAGCUGUAAAACUUAUGAGGGGGCUUACUUGAAAGCUCUGCUUUGAAAAAUUCAGUCGUACCAAGAAUUUUAUGUUUGUCCAGCAUCUUAAGCAGAGUUGCAUGCUAAUGAGUAGUGUGAAUUUGUAUGGAUAUAGUGUAUGAAGCAAUUCUUUGUGUACAGUGGUUGUAGAUCUCAUUAGUAAUGCAUAAGAAAACAGUAUCCCUAAUUAAAGCAACAAUCCAAUUACCAUACCAGGGACUUGUCCCAAUUCGUAAAAACCAAGGAAUUUGCUUCACAUUUAAGGUAUCAUUUUUGUAAACACAGACUUGUAAUGCUGCUUCUUUAUUAAUUGUUCUUAAAAUAGACUGAAGCACUUAGCAAGUUCCUAAAGUGUGUGUGUGUGUGGGGGGGGGGUUUAUAAAUGAUGAUAAUAUAGUAAAAUAUUUAAGAACUUGUAUUCCAGACUGACUUGACAAAAUACAGCAUGAAAUGUUGCAUUCCAUCAAAUUUAAAUAUGUGGCAUUUAACACUGCAUGAAGAAGUAUUUCAUAAGAUAACCACAAUGUAGUAACAGCAAUACCAUCUCAAAGGCCUUUCAAGUCCAGAAAUAUUGUUUGUGGCACUUACACAAUUAUAUAAAUUACCAAGAAACCCUCUUAUUUUCCUUUGUCACUAAAUUAGGUGUUAAAACAAAAAUAUGACUUGUUCUGUGACACAAUGGUCUGUAAUUUUCAGUUAAAUCAUAUGUCAGAGGAAAGUAAAACAAAUUCUGGUGUUUUAUCUGAUUUAUAAUGGUCCCUCAUUCUGGCUUCUGUCUUCUGUUUCUAUUCAGUUUGUGGCAGUUUUAUUUGAAUAAAAUUGUAUUUUGUUAACUACAGUUUACUUCUAUGAUAACAGUUGCAGAAAAUGUGUUGUGAUAUGAUUAAUUUAGAAAUCCAGAGUAGUAAUGUGUCAUAAUGUAAAAUUUUACUGCAGUACAAAUACAUGACAUUGAAGUUGUUUGGAUUAUAUUAUCAGCUAAUGAAACCAAAGACCUGUGAAAGAUUCAGAGUUCCCCAAUUUUGACCAAGUCCAACUAAUCUGGAAACAAAACUGAGACUGGCCAAAAAAUAAAGAGGUGGCAAUCUUAUGUUAUAGUAGUAGUAGUAGUAGUAGUAGUAGUAAUACUAGUACUACAUUCUUACUACUGUCCUUUUACUCCACCAGAAACACUUACUGGCUUUCACUUUUUAUCACAUGAUAUUCUUUCAACUCUGCAUGUUUUAAUACACCCUGUUUUAUUUUACGUGCAUGAGAUGUGUACUAAUAUAUAUAUUUACAUUUAAUCAGUUUCUGAAGUUUAUAUUAUAUUAAAAAAACUACAUUUUAUUUGUUCUUACUGAACCAGUUUAAAUUCUAAUUGUAGAAGCAAUGACCAGAUAGUGUGGGAUAUGUAACAUAGAAAUAAAAAUGUAUAGUCCUGGAACUGUUGACAAAUUUUAUAGUAUUUUCCAGUUAUUUUUAUGUUUACAUACCCUGAAAUAUUUGAGUUCAAAUUAUAAAUUUGUCAUUAUUACCAUUGAAACAUGUUUCCAGGAGCAAACUUCAGUUCUUAACUUCAUAAGAAGCAGAUAAUUCCUCUUUACAGCACAUAAUAGUGUAUCAGACGAACAAAAUAUGUCUGUUCCCUAUGCAUAAUAUAAAUGUGGGUAAAAAGUUCUCUCUUCCAAUAAGUCUCUUAUAGGUGGCAACACUAGAAGUGGUUUUUUAUAUUUUCAUUAUUAGAAGUGCAGGGACAGGUUGGAUUCACAAGAAACCAGUUUAUAAGUAAUGUUAAUAUGCUAACAUGAUAAACGUUUGACAUCUCUCUUAUCCCAGUAUUAUAAGAUUACUUAAAUGUAAAAUACUUGAAGCCUAGGGAACAAAAGUAUAAUCAAGUAAAUGAGUUCAGCAAUUCUAAACAAGUCAUUAGUUUCUGACCUACAAAAUAAGUAGAAUUUUUCUGUUUUACAUGGAAUCUGCAUGUGAAGAACUGAACAAACUCCAAUUAAUUUUACUAUUUUCAAUACAGAACAGUGCUUAGCAGAUGCCAUGUGUUGAAUGAAUGUCCUAAAAGUGAAUAGCCUAAACUGAUUUCAAGUUUACUGAGUUUACCUAGAUGUUAUAUAUGCUAUAAAGGAUAAAAUUAAAAUUUUGAAUUUACUAAUUGGUGAGGUUAUCUGAUAAUCCUGAAACAAAAUGUUGUGCAACUUUUGCCAUGUUUACCAAAAUUAUAUGACUCUAAAGGUAACAAAACAUGUUAUAAGACUUCAGGGUGGAAGCAUAUGCAUAAACAACUGACUAAUUAAUUUAAAAUUUGCAGAUGAAGCCAUAUUAUUUUUCUCACUCCUGUGACCAACAUUCUACCAUGACUCUGCAAAUGUUUGACCAUACUUCAGACCAAUAUGGAACACUGUUUUAUGUACGUAUGUGCACAUAUAAAACCAAACCAUUGCUUAGUUGUGGAGAUAAAUAAUAAUAAUAAUAUUGAAAAUAAUUAUAAUGAUAAUACAAGAAAUAAUGUUCAUGUUUUCCAGGUAAUUGUAGACCAUGUAUAUGAAAUUCUUAAAUGCUAGAGAAUUUAAAAUAUUCUCUACAUACUGCGUGUUUGUUUCUCUGUGAUGUGAAUAAGAUAAAAAUAUUACCCACUUUUUGAUGUAGAUUAAAGAGAGUUUUGAGAAUGUGAAAGCUGGUCUUGGUGCCAUAUUGUUGGUGUGUUUGCUGACACAGUAGCCUAUACUGCCAGGGUGCAUGUGCUAACAGCAGACUUGUCUGCUGUUCAUUGCAAUCUACUUUGUAAUGUUUACCCAUUCCUCUCCUCUCAGCUGAGGCAAGUUUUUUUUCCACAGAUUUGGGUCAGUGACUUCAAUUAAUUUUGUUUUGUGAUCUUGGUAAAUGAAAAUAUUGACAAAAGGAGUUAAUGGUAUAUAUGAUACUGAUUAUCUGUAGAAUCUACAUUAAUGUGUUACUUGAGUUAGAGACAUGGCAGAAUAAAUAUUGUAAUCUGUGGCUUUUAUUGUUAUAAAUUGAGCUGUGUUGACCCAAUAACUGUGUACAGGAACUUGAAAAUAUCUUUUUGCAUCAUAAACUUAUAGGAAUAGUACCAAGAAACUAUAGUGCAUUUUUGACAUCCAUGGACCUAAACAUUUAUGCCAGUGGUGUGUUGAAGGUGAUUUAAGGAUUUGACUAUAACAAGGAAUGGACUUCCUUUAGCAUAUUGAUAUAAUCACAGGUAUCUGUCUUGUUUAAGCAAGGUGGGAGUGGGACCACCCUUAGGAAAUGUGUGUAGUGUGAAAUAUGAAAUGCAUUUUGAGUAAUCCUCCCAAAUCAUCUGUGAUUUUAGUUUCUGAAAUUCCAUUUUAUUGCCUUUCACAGUUUUUAGCGUAUUGUUACUUGCUAAAUGUUUGUAUUUUAUUCAUUCUAACACUAAAAAUGCUUUCACCCACCCUGAUUGUGAAAAAUAAAACUCAAACAUACCUUUCUCCAUGA